UGGGAUUGCUAGAGAAGGCAGGAAGGGAGGAGCCCAGUCCUCCAGAGAGAAGGAGCCCACCCUCUUCCUCCUCCUCCUCCUCCUCCUCCUCCUCCACUGGAGCCUGGCCUGCUUUGCUUUCCCCUCCUCCAGGCCCAGAGUUUUGAAGUACAGCCUAUUCUGGAUUGAUAUGCUCUGAGAUAGAAGAGGACGGACAAGUACUUUGCACCCCUUUGGCUGUUUCGUUGAAAGAUGGACACCCCUGACUCAGCCAGAUGUGACGCAGGAGGAGGCCCCGAUGCCAUGACCAUUGAGGGCAGUGGGAAAUUCUGGGAAAGACCCAUACAGACAUUCCUAAGUGUGGACAUGGCUAGCUCAGACAUACAGCGUCAGCAAUUCAGGCAAUUCCCAUAUCAAGUGGGCAAAGGCCCUCAAGAGAUCUGUGGGUGCCUCCAUGCUCUGUGCCAACAGUGGCUGAAGCCAAAAGAACGGAGCAAACAACAAAUGCUGGACCUGGUGAUCCUGGAGCAGUUCCUAAGCAUCCUGCCCCCAGAGAUGGCAGCCUGGAUCAGGGAAUGUGGGGCUGAGACCAGUUCCCAGGCGGUGGCCUUGGCAGAAGGAUUCCUCCUGAGUCAGGCAGAGGACAAGAAGCCGGAAGGACAGGCCAAAAAUCUGUAUGUGGAAGUUCAGUUGGAUCUCCCUGCCUCAGAGGAGUCUCCAUCAAAGACAACCCAGACCCCGCAAUGGAAGGAACUUGAGCAGGAGAGAGACAGGGCUGCGGCCUUGCAGGGGGCUGGAACAACGCCAUUAAGCUCUCAGUCGCUUCUUUCCAUUUGCAAUGGAGUGGAACCAAUUGAGGGCCCUGUGAGCUUUGAGGAUGUGGCCAUCCAUUUCUCCCCUGAGGAAUGGGCUUUUCUGGAUGCUGAUCAGAGAGCCCUGCAUGCGCAGAUCAUGGAAGAGACCUGUGGAAUAGUAGCCUCACUUGCAGAUAACUGGAGUGAGAGCUUUGUCUGCACCAAGUGUGGGAAGUGCUUUUGGUACAAACAGGAGCUGACCAGACACCAGCAAGCCCACCCAGAAGAGGAAAAUCCUACCAGCGAGAAAGCCUUCAAGUGCAAUGCCUGUGGGAAAGGUUUUGCCCAAAAUAUGGCACUUGUGCUUCAUAAGAAACUUUGUGCUGGAAAAAAUGGCGAAGCCUUUGGUUUUGAUUUCAAAUUGCCCCAUUUAAGCCGUCAAACAGACUGCAAAGGAAAGAAAACACACAAAUGCCAGGAGUGUGGGAAAUACUUCGCCGGCAGAACAAUAUUACUGGUUCACCAGAGAGUCCACACAGGAGAGAAACCGUUCAAGUGCCUGGAGUGUGGGAAAUGUUUUUCGGCAAGUUCCAACCUUGUUACGCAUCAGAGGCUCCACACAGGAGAGAAACCAUACAGAUGCCGGGAGUGCGGGAAAUGCUGCACCCGGAAGUCAGAACUAGUCAUCCACGAAAGGGUCCACACGGGAGAGAAACCGUUUAAGUGCCAGGAGUGUGGGAAAUGCUUCUCUCAAAACUCAACCCUUGCCACACACUGGAGGGUCCACACAGAAGAAAAACCAUACAAGUGCCAGGAAUGUGGAAAAUGGUUUGCUCACAAAUCAUCGCUUCUGGUCCACCAAAGAAUCCACACAGGAGAGAAACCAUACAAAUGCCAGGAAUGUGGGAAAAGCUUUGUCCACAGUUCACAUCUUGUGACCCACCAGACACUCCACACAGGUGAGAAACCCUACAAAUGCCAAGAGUGCGGGAAAUGCUUUGCUCACACUUCACACCUUGUGACCCACCAGACCCUCCACACCGGAGAAAAACCAUAUGAAUGUCUGGAAUGUGGAAAAUGUUUUGCUACAAAUUCAAGCCUUGGUAGCCACAUUAGAGUCCACACAGGAGAGAAACCAUACAAAUGCCAGGAGUGUGGGAAAACCUUUGCGUACAGUUCACACCUUAUGACUCACCAGACACUCCACACGGGAGAGAAACCAUACAAAUGUCUGGAGUGUGGGAAAAGCUUUUCUACAAACUCAAGCCUUGUGAGCCACCAGAGAGUCCACACAAGAGAAAAGCCAUACAAAUGCCAGGAGUGUGGGAAAUGUUUUUCUACCAGUUCAAACCUUGGGACUCAUCACCGACUCCACACAGGAGAGAAACCAUACAGAUGCCAGGAGUGUGGGAAAUGCUGCACUCGCAAGUCAGAGCUUGUAGUCCACCAGAGAGUCCACACAGGAGAAAAACCGUAUUCGUGCCAGGAGUGUGGGAAGAGCUUCUCCCAAAAUUCAACCCUUGUAGCCCACUGGAGAGUCCACACCACAGAAAAACCACACAAAUGCCAGACGUGUGGCAAAUGUUUUGCUCGGAGUUCAUACCUGGUGAAGCACAAAAGACUCCACUCUGGGGAAAAACCAUACAAGUGCCAGGAGUGUGGGAAAUGUUUUGCUCACAGUUCACACCUUGUGACCCACCAGACCCUCCACACUGGAUUGAAACCCUAUAAAUGCCAAGAGUGUGGGAAAUCCUUCUCCGGGAAUGCACAACUUGUGGUUCACCAGAGAGUCCAUACAGGUGAGAAACCAUAUGGGUGCCAGGAGUGUGGGAAAUCUUUUUCUACUAGUUCAAACCUUGUGAGCCACCGGAGACUUCACACAGGAGAGAAACCAUACGAAUGCCAGGAGUGUGGAAAAUGUUUUUCAUGGAAUAUUCAACUUAAAUCGGAUCUUGCAAAGCACCGGAGAAGCCACACGGGAGAGAAGCCGUACGAAUGCCAGACGUGCGGGAAGUGUUUUGCGUCCAAUUCGCAGAGGGCGAGUCACCAGAGAAUCCACACCGGAGAGAAACCCUACAAGUGCCAGGAGUGCGGGAAAGGCUUUGCUCAGAACUCAACUCUUAGGAUCCACCAGAGAGUCCACACAGGAGAGAAGCCGUACCAAUGCCCCCAAUGCGAAAGACGCUUUGCUCAGCGGUCACACCUGACGGUGCAUCGGAGAAUCCACACCGGAGAGAAACCAUACCGGUGUCGGGAAUGCGGCAAAUAUUUCGCUCAUGCGUCGGAUCUUUCGGCACACCGGAGAGUCCACACAGGAGAGAAACCAUACAAAUGCCCUGAGUGCGGAAAGAGUUUUCCUCAGACAUCCGAUCUCGCAACACAUCAAAGAGUCCACACGGGAGAGAAACCGUACAAAUGCCAGGAGUGCGGGAAAGGUUUCGCUCAAAAUUCGGCCCUCGUGGUGCACCAGAGAACCCACACAGGAGAAAAACCAUACACGUGUCACGUGUGUGGGAAAUGCUUUGCUCAGAAUUCACACCUUGCCAGCCACAAAACGAUCCACACCGGAGAGAAACCGUACGAAUGCCAGGAAUGUGGGAAACGUUUUGCUCACAGCUCGGAGCUCGUGACGCAUCAAAGGUUCCACACGGGAGAGAAGCCGUACAAGUGUCGGCAGUGCGGGAAAGGGUUCACUCAAAACUCAGCCCUUCUCGUCCACCAGCGAGUCCACUCCGGAGAGAAACCGUACAAGUGCCAAGAGUGCGGCAAAGGUUUUUCUCAGAAUUCACAUCUUCGAAAUCACCAGACAGUCCACACAGGAGAGAAGCCUUACAAAUGCCGGGAGUGUGGGAAAUGUUUCACUUGUAGCUCACAACUUGUGAAUCAUCAAGGGCGCCACACCGGAGAAGAAGUAUUCAAGUGCCUGGCGUGUGGGGACAGUUUUGCUCACAAAUCACACCUUUCGAGGCAUGAGAGAAUACAUAGGGAAAUUGUUGUGGGUUGUAGAAAUAAAUAAAUACCCUGUUUCCCCUAAAAUAAGACAGCCCCAGAAAAUAAGACCUAGUAGAGGUUUUGCUGAAUUGCUAAAUAUAAGGCCUCAUAGAAUCAUAGAAUCAUAGAAUCAUAGAAUAGUAGAGUUGGAAGAGACCACAUGGGCCAUCCAGUCCAACCCCCUGCUAAGAAGCAGGAAAUCGCAUUCAAAGCACCCCCAACAGAUGGCCAUCCAGCCUCUGCUUUAAAGCCUCCAAAGAAGGAGCCUCCACCACGGCCCCGGGGAGAGAGUUCCACUGUCGAACAGCCCUCACAGUGAGGAAGUUCUUCCUGAUGUUCAGGUGGAAUCUCCUUUCCUGUAGUUUGAAGCCAUUGUUCCGUGUCCUAGUCUGCAGGGCAGCAGAAAACAAGCUUGCUCCCUCCUCCCUAUGACUUCCCUUCACGUAUUUGUACAUGGCUAUCAUGUCUCCUCUCAGCCUUCUCUUCUGCAGGCUAAACAUGCCCAGCUCUUUAAGCCGCUCCUCAUAGGGCUUGUUCUCCAGACCCUUAAUCAUUUUAGUCGCCCUCCUCUGGACGCUUUCCAGCUUGUCAACAUCUCCCUUCAACUGUGGUGCCCAAAAUUGGACACAGUAUUCCAGGUGUGGUCUGACCACGGCAGAAUAGAGGGGAGCAUGACUUCGCUGGAUCUAGACGCUAUUCCCCUAUUGAUGCAGGCCAAAAUCCCAUUGGCUUUUUUAGCAGCCGCAUCACAUUGUUGGCUCAUGUUUAACUUGUUGUCCACAAGGACUCCAAGGUCUUUUUCGCACACACUGCUGUCAAGCCAGGCGUCCCCCAUUCUGUAUCUUUGAUUUCCAUUUUUUCUGCCGAAGUGAAGUAUCUUGCAUUUGUCCCUGUUGAACUUCAUUUUGUUAGUUUCGCCCCAUCUCUCUAGUCUGUCAAGAUCGUUUUGAAUUCUGCUCCUGUCUUCUGGAGUGUUAGCUAUCCCUCCCAGUUUUGUGUCGUCUGCAAACUUGAUGAUCGAAAGUAAGACCUAGCAAAGGUUUUGUUUGGAAGCAUGCCCAAUGAACAGAACACCAGAGCAUGCAGGAUGGGUAAAUGUACGUACCAUAGAGUGUCGUACAUGGACAUAAUGGUAGUAACAAGAAAUUCUUGAUAGGAUUCACAGUUUGACUGGUUAUGCUGGUUUGUGAUGACAACUACUGUACAGUAUAUAAUAAAUGUUCAUUUUUUUGUUCAACAAUAAAUGUGAAUUCUUCUUCAUGGAAAAAUAAGACAUCCCCUGAAAAUAAGACCUAGUGCAUCUUUGGGAGCAAAAAUUAAUAUAAGACACUGUCUUAUUUUCAGGGAAACAUGGUAGAAGCUUUACCACCGUUUCUGAAACAAGAUAAACCCUGCAGUAUAAUAACGUGUCACUCAGGCUUGUGUAACAAGUAACGGUAUCUUUACUUCAGUUCAAAAGAUCAAACAGGGCAACAAUAUAUAUAGCAGUCUUUCUGAAUUCACACAGAGAACAUAAAGAAUAAACAGUCUGUUGUCGAAGGCGUUCAUGGCCGGCAUCACAGGGUUGCUGUAUGUUUUCCAGGCUGUACAGCCAUGUUUCAGAAGUAUUCUCUCCUGACGUUUUGCCCACUUCUAUGGCAGGCAUCCUCAGUACAUCAAGGCGUACCAAAGAAAAGUACAGACUGGAAACCCUUAUUAGACUAUAUUAGGAAGGAGAAGAAAAUGAUAACAAUAUAAAGACAACCAAAUCUGACUAAACGAUGAUGGGAAAUCUUAAUAUAGAGAAGCGAACAUUCAAACAGAAGAUAAUCAAAAUAGGAGUUUUUUUCUUUUGUUCCCUUCUCCUGCUACAAAAUGGUAUAGAUGAGGAUGGAAGUAAAAUAAAGACAAUUUUUUUUAAAAAAAAAUCCCUUUUUUGUUUUGAUUUUCCCCCUUUUUUCUUUCUUCCCUUUUUUUAUAUUUCCUACUUUCCUAUAAACUUCUAAUGUUCUCCCACUUUCAUUGUAAUUUUAGGAAAAUCUAAAUAAAAUUAAUUUUUAAAAAAAGAUAAAACAGGGCAACAAUAUAUAUAGCAGUCUUUCUGAAUUCACACAGUGAACAUAAAGAAUAAACUGUUGUCGAAGGCUUUCAUGGCUGGAAACACAGGGUUGUUGUAUGUUUUCCGGAGUGUAUGGCCAUGUUCAAGAAGUAUUCUCUCCUGACGUUUUGCCCACAUCUAUGACAGGCAUCCUCAGCGGAUGUGGGCAAAAUGUCAGGAGAGAAUACUUCUGGAACAUGGCCAUACAGCCCGGAAAACAUACAACAACCCAAUAAACAGUCCCUUUAAACAGUCUUCAAAUAUGCCUCGUUUGCCUUAUAAAUAAUCAGGCUUCAGAGAGUAUGGCAGCCAUUUCCUUCCUGACCAUUUUCAGUCAGCUGCUCUCCUCCCUCUCUGAGAUGAAAAUUACAAUUAAAACCGUUUGUCUCAGGACCAAGAUAGAGACAGCAGCCAAUCGGAAUUCUGGCUCCUAACUGGCUCAGCCAAUCAGCUGUCGACACAUGCCUUUUCCAGUCAACUCACAUCAUGGCAUCUAUUUUACAAAUCCUCACAAUAAUGACUCCAGUGGCAGAGGUUCUGGAAAUAUUUUGCUCCCAAGUCACAUUGUAAGAGACAUCGGAGUGUAAUCUUGCACAGUGUGAAAAAAGUACCCAUUACUGCUCAGACUAUUGGCUGUUGAUGAUGCUGUUUUUAUGUUAUUGUUGUAAUGUUGUUGAUUCUAUUGAGAUAUGUUUUAAUCUAAGUUUUGGUUUUAAUUUUUGUUGGCUUGGGCUUGUCCCCAUGUAAGCCGCCCUGAGUCCCUUCAGGGAGAUGGAAGCGGGAUAUAAAAAUAAAGUUGUUAUUAUUAUUAUUA